CUGCUGUCCUGCGUGCUGUCGGCGCUGGGCUCCGGCCUGCUGGUGGCCACGCACGCCCUGUGGCCCGACCUGCGCAGCCAGGCGCGGCGCCUGCUGCUCUUCCUCUCGCUGGCUGACCUGCUCUCCGCCGUUUCCUACUUCUAUGGGGUGCUGCAGGACUUCACGGGCUCCUCGUGGGACUGCGUGCUGCAGGGCGCCCUCUCCACCUUCGCCAACACCAGCUCCUUCUUCUGGACCGUGGCCAUCGCCCUCUACCUGUACCUCAGCAUCGUCCGCGCCGUGCACGGGCCGAGGGCCAGCCGCUUGUUCUGGGCCUUCCACAUCAUCAGCUGGGGGGUCCCGCUGGCCAUCACCGCGGCCGCGGUGGCGCUCAAGAAGAUCGGCUAUGACGCGUCCGACGUGUCGGUGGGCUGGUGCUGGAUCGACCUGGAGGCGGAGGACCACGUGCUGUGGAUGCUGCUGACGGGGAAGCUGUGGGAGCUCCUGGCCUACGUCACGCUGCCCCUGCUCUACCUCCUCAUCAGGAAGCACAUCAGCAGGGCGCACCAGGCGCUAUCGGAGUACCGGCCCAUCCUCUCGGACGCGCACCGGCUCGGGCACCACGCCUCUGCGGCCGACAGGAAGCUGGUGCUCAUCCCGCUCAUCUUCAUCUGCCUCCGAGUCUGGAGCACCGUGCGCUUCGUGCUGACCCUGUGCGGCUCCGCGGCCGUGCGGACCCCCGUGCUGGUGGUUCUGCACGGCAUCGGGAACACCUUCCAGGGCGGUGCCAACUGCAUCAUGUUCGUCCUCUGCACCCGAGCCGUGCGCGCACGGCUCUUCGCCCUCUGCUGCUGGGGCCCUGCCCAGCCUCCCGCCGGGAGCCCCGCCGGCCCUCCCCAGGCCCCGGCCUCCUCCAGGGCAGGCGGCUCUCAGGGAGCGGGACGGGCCCCCGCCGAGCGGCCAAGCACCUGAGCCUCGCCUGGUUCUGCACGUUGGUGCUCCCUGCAGGGCCUCAGGCCCCGCACCCCUCGACUGUGGAAGCCCUCGAUCCCUCCGGGAGCAGCUGCAAACUCAGCCUCUUCUACCUCUAAGACCCUCGGGUGACUCGGUGCCCCCUGACCCCCAGGCCCGCCGCAGGGGUGCGUGAGGGUCUGCACUGAGCUGGGGGAACCGGCGGGCGGGCCCACCGCCAGGCAGCCCAGCCCCAUGGUCACUGGCCUCGUCCUCACCGUUUACACUUUGAGGGACUCGCCCCUCCUUCCCGUGGGAAAGCACUGUACAUUGACCCCCACCCCGCCCUCAGUAACAGGCAGGGGCCUGCCACGAGCCCCCCUGGGUGCCGAGAGCUGCAGCCAGCCCCCCUCACCAGGGUGGGGACCCUCUGCCCCAGUGCCCAACCAGGGGCGCCACCCCGACCCUCAUCCUGGGGCUGUCUGGGGAGCCGGAUAUCAGGCACAGGCCACCUCCACCUCAGUCUCCAGGGUCACCUACAGCACCACCACUUCCCCUCCCCCCUGUGGCAGGUAGGACAGGCAGCAUGGGGGCCCCCGCGGGCACCCCACUGUCUGUGCAGCUUCUCUGUGAGUGAGUGGGGGUCUCUGGCGUGUUCGCCAGCUUUGGUGUUUUGUAGGAAAGGUGGCCGGAGGCUGAGGCUGGCCAAUACUGACCGACACGCCUCGCCUGGUGGAGGUUGGGGCGAUGCUGGGGCUGGGGGGCGCCGCGUGGGGCGGUGGGGUUUGUUGAGCAGUAACCCCGCGUCUGUUCCUGGCCCAUGUUCUCGCCCGUUACUUCGGAAAGCGAGUUCUCUGUGGCUAAGAAAGGGGGUGGCCUCCUGGGCCCCUGGGUGUCCCGCCUGUGUGUCCGUCAGAGGCACGCAACACAGAAGGGUCCCGAGCGAACCACGAACGAAGGCUCUGGACUGAGACGGAACCACGCCCUCCUGGGGUUCCCGCUUCCUCUGGGAACCUGCAGCAGGGCAUGACCCCGCGGGGGGUGGGGGGUCUUCCGCAGAAUCAGUGCUCCUUUGGGGCUUCCUGAAAAGAUUCAUUUAUGAAAGUCAUCAGGACCCUCCCCAUGGCUUCGGUGAAUCCCGUGGCCUUCAGGAAUUGCUGGCUCCCGUGUGAGGAAGUCCUGGGGGCCCCAAAGAUGCUGCCACCCACGAGGGUGCAGGGCUGGCAGAGACCCUCAUGAGCAGACAGUGACCCCCAAACUACUCAUAGCAGUCAGAGAGGCCAGUGGGAUGAAGCUAGAAGUAACCCCGCUCAGACGCCCCCAGUCUGCUCAGAGGGUGCACAGAGGAGGCCUCGGCGUGGCCUCUCCAGGGCAGACCUGGGUCUCCAGACCGGUCAGGAAUCACAGAACUCGGGGUGCCCCCUCAGGUUCUCAUUCCACGUGGUGGGUGGCACUGCUGUGCCAUCUGCUUUUGUAAGAAAAAGCCCAUUUUCCUUUCCGUCUCCGCAGCUGCAUGGCCCACCGUGGUCUGCAGGUGUGUGACCACAGCCUGCGGGGGGUGGUGCCCCCGGGGGCCUGGUUCCUGCCCCCCCACCCCACAUGAAAACAGCGUGACCAGAACCGGUGGCCACGUCAGCACAGCUCGGUGGGGUCUUCGGAACCAAGGACAGUCCUGAGAGCCCACGAGCUCUGGUCUCCUCGCUGGGCCCCGCCGGCUUCACUGUUCUCUCUUCAGAUUGACCCACCCCACCCCUGGGGUACAGAUGCAGAACCUCAGCCUGACAGGUGCCGUCUGUGAUGAGCUCAGCUCAGACCUCCCUUCUCCGCACUUCCUGACCCCGACGCCCAUUCGGGCUCGCAGGCCCUCGCCACCUCUCUCUGCCUCCUCUGUUUAGUGUUGUAAUAAAGAUGACGGUGUGGCCCGGCCGAGGGCGCACAGAGCUCGUCACCCACCCACGGUGAGACAGAGCGCCCCACCCAACUCGGAGCCUUCCUGGCAUGUGUGAAACUCGCGAGAUCCCCGGUCCUGGGUGGGGCCAGAGUCUUACUAUUUUAA